AUGGAUAAUCAGGGUAAUUUAUACAUUGGCGACACAGACAAUUUUCGUGUUCAGCGAUGGGUACCUGGCGCUAGAAAUGGAACAACCGUCGCAGGAGGAAACGGAGCUGGAUCUGCUCUGAAUCAAUUAGGGAGUGGGAAGGGCAACGUAUUAGAUAAAAAUGGUAACAUGUAUAUAGUAGAUCGUCCUAAUCAGCGAAUAAUGAAAUGGGCAUCAGGUAGUAACUAUGGUGUCCUUGUCGCGGGUGGUAACGGUGACGGACCAGGUUUAAGCCAACUAAAUAACCCUUGGUCUCUUGCUUUGGAUGUUAACGAUAAUUUAUAUGUUGUGGACUCAUUCAAUCACCGUGUAAUACGAUUCACUCCAGGUGUGAUUAACGGAACAAUUGUAGCGGGAGGAAAUGAAUGUGGGUUAAAUUCUAAUCAAUUAUGUUUUCCAAUGGGAUUUUUUCUUAGUGGUAAUAACUUAUACAUAGCUGACAAUUAUAAUAACCGCAUACAAAAAUGGGUGAUUGGUGAUAGUAGUGGAAUUACAGUUGCAGGCGGCCGUGGUCAGGGUGAAGGAAUGGAUCAAUUAAAUAUUCCAUUUGAUGUAACAGUAGCUCCAAAUGGUAAAUUAUAUGUUCUUGAUACCUCUAAUGCACGCGUACAAGAAUUUGAUGACUGUAGUACGUAUAAAUUUACAUUAAAUAUUUUGAAUGAUACUAUCUUACCCGGUAGGAAACUGUACGACCAUAACCAGUAA